AUGGCCAAGAUGUGGGAAUUCGACGCAUUCCUGGAGGACGGCGAUGAAUACUUUGCUUCGUACGUGGAAAGAUUCGAGCACUACGGCGAAGUAGCCAACGUACAAGAGGAGAAGCUUAAGAAGUCGGCCUUCAUAACGGCCAUUGGCAAGAACGCGUACAAGACGCUCAAGGAUUUGCUUCUACCGGCGACCCCUGCGGAGAAGAGUCUCGAAGACCUGGUCAAGGUACUGAGUGACCAUUACGAGCCUGCAAGCCGAAUCAUCGCAGAGCGAUUCAGAUUCAACAGGCGGUACCAAGCGGAAGGUGAGACAGUAGCGACGUUUGCAGUUACACUGAAGCACAUGGCCGCUAAAUGCAAGUAUGGCACAUUCCUUGACGACGCACUGCGCGACCGGUUCGUCGCUGGACUGCGAAACCCUGCCAUUCAGACGGGUCUACUAAAAAAGAAGGAGCUGUCGUUUGAACCUGCUUGUGACUUUGCCAAAAGCGUUGAUAUGGCGGAACAGGAGUCCAGGGGGUUUCGACCUGGCAGUGGAACGGAAGCCGACGUCCAUGCGAUAAGGAAGACAAGCAGGAAAGCGGCAUUUGCGGUCAAGCCAGGCAAGCAAUACGAGGCAACCAAGACAAAGUGUCACCGUUGCGGGCAAGAGCACGACGCUAAUUCUUGUCGUUAUCGGAAAGCAAGGUGCUACAGCUGCAAACGCACGGGUCACUUGGCUCGAGUAUGCGGACAACACCCGCCGGGUGCGGGAAAAAUUCACGCCGUUGCCGACCAGCAAGAAGAUAAUGAGAUGAUGCUCUACGCAGUACAUCACGCCGGCCUUGCGAAGCAGCCGUAUCAGAUAGAACUUAUGCUCGGAAGGAAGCGCGUGCAGAUGCAAGUAGACACAGGUGCCGCUGUUUCUCUGAUAUCGGAAGACCUAUGGAAGCAGCUAGUGAAUCCUCCGCCGCUCACACCGUCUACGGUUAAGCUGAAGACUUAUGGAGGAGCACCGCUGGAAGUGAAGGGGCAAGCCGAGGUUCCGGUCGAGUACAACGGACAGCGCAAGAUUCUACCAGUAGUUGUGGUGCCAGGAAACAAGCCAGCGCUACUUGGACGCGAUUGGAUUGAGAACCUGGACGUCGACUUGAACGGCAUUCACACGGCGCAAGCGGAGCUCGCGGCGAACAACCUUGUGAAAAGUGCACCAGCAGUAUUCCAAGCAAUCAUGGACGAGUUGCUGAAGGGACUAAGUGGAGUACUUUGUUACCUUGACGAUGUGCUUAUCACAGGUGCCGACUACAACGAAUGCCUGGCACGUGUAGAAGCAGUCCUGCAGCGCUUCGAGAAGCACGGCGUCAAUGGUAUGAGGCUGCAGGGUAUGUCUCCUCGGUGA